CUUCUUCGCCGUCAACGGGUUUAACGUCCUGGUGAACGGCGGCUCGGACCCCCGCGCCUGCUUCUGGAAGCUGGUGCGCCACCUGGACCGGGUCGACUCGGUGCUGCUGACCCACCUGGGCGCAGACAACCUGCCGGGCCUGAACAGCCUGCUGCAGAGGAAAGUGGCCGAGCAGGAGCAGCGGGCGGCUGGACCGCGCCCCGAGGAGGACGCCAUGAAGAACCUGGUGUCCCCGGAGAUGGGAGUGGUCUUCCUCAACGCUCCCGACAGGCUGGCGUCCAUGGAGGCGGACCUCAGCCUGCUGCGCAGCUGUGACCAGGCGGCGUGCGUCCUGCUCAGCCUGCAGAAGCUGGCCAUAAGGCCCCGGCCUCUGAGCAGGCCCACCGGACCCGCCGUAGAACCCGUGAUCCUCUUCCAGAAGAUGGGCGUGGGCCGUCUGGAGCUGUACGUCCUGAACCCGGUGCGAGGCAGCAAGGAGCUGGAGGCGCUGCUGCAGCUCUGGCCCGACGGCGCCAGGACCAGCGCUCUUCCUCUCACCUGCCUGGUGUCCAUCUGUGCCCUGCUGGUCUGGCAUCCCUCCGGCCCCCAGGAGAAGAUCAUUCGGGUUCUCUUCCCCGGGUGCACGCCCCAGACCAAGAUCCUGGACGGCCUGGAAAAGCUCCAACAUCUGGACUUCCUCAGGCAGCCAGGCGUUUGUCUGGAGGAGCUGGAAGCGUCCAAGACCCGGAAGCCUCUGAAGCGCGAGGAGAGCCGGGAGAGUCUGCAGCCCAGAGAGCAGAGACCCAGCAGCGCCUUACAAAAAGACAAACGGGCCGAAGCGCGUAAGCCGGAGCCCAAGACAAAGAGCAAGGCAGCGGGGGACGCCACGCCCAAAGACGCAGAGGAAAAGGCCAAAGUAAAGGACGUCGAUACGAAAUCCAAGCCGGCCAAAGCUGCAGAGAAACUCAAUCCAAAGAAGGACGGGUCAAAGGAGGACAGGAAGGAGGUGAAGAAGGACGAGAAGGUGUCUGCUGGGAAGAAGGAGGAGCUCACAGAGAAGAAGACAGACGCUGCAAAGAAGGACAUUCAGAGUCUGAGGACCAAGAAAGAGGCUAAAGCAGAACCAAAGAAAGACGCCAAGAAGGAGGGAAAGAGCGAGGAGAAGAAAGCAGCAAAGUUACCGAUUAAAGAAUUAAAGAAAGCCGGAGGAUCAGCUUCCUCAGCUCCAGACCAAAGGAAAGCUUCAGGGAGACCCGGCAGUGUAAAGAAGGACGGGACGCUUCCCAAGAGAAACUCUUUCAACAAGGAACCAAAAGGGAAGACGGGUUCCAAGAUGGCGGCGCCUGCAGACCGGACAGGUGAGCCUGGCACACCUGGUCUGGAAGACGCCAACGGAAACCAGGAGCCUACGGAGAAGCAGGUGUCAGAGAGUCCGGAGAGGUUCCGCUGCGUGGAGGCCGACCAGGAUCGGGUCAGAACCGCCUCACGUCUCAGGAAGUCGCCCAAAGCAGAGCUGAGUGUAAACUUUGACCUCACCCCCGAGCCUUGGCCCGGAGGGGGGGGCGAGGAGAAGAGCCUGGAGCCGGCGUCUCCUGCAGACUCGGCCCCAAACAGCGCCGGCCACACGCCCUUCCAUCCGUCUCCUGAGGACGGCAGCCUCGGCGCCGCAGGCUCCAGUCUGGGCUUCGAGGAUUACCACCAGGCCGGGUCGUGUCGGACCUCGGACCUCAGCUCCUCUCAGGACAAACGCUCCAGCCUCCUCAGCCCCGUCAGGGACUCCUCCCCCACCAUCACCUCCAUGCCCGCCCAGGUGGGCUCCCCCCACUCCACAGAGCUCGACUGCUCCCUCUCUGUCUCCUCGGAGAAGGUCGGCACCAAGCAACGCAUCGCGGACUGCGGCGCCGGCCCGGUUCUUCCCGGCCGGGCCACCCAGAACGGACGCUGUGGAUCCAGGGAGGACGUCCACGAGGUGUCCUCCUCUGAUGUUCCCCACGAUGUGGACCUCUGCCUGGUGUCCCCCUGUGAGUUCCAGCACGCCAGAACCUCACAGAACCACCAAACGGGCCCCGGCACCUCCCCGGACCCGUCGGACCCCUCCCACAACCCAAACAGCAGCAGCCAGGAGACCCCGCCCACGUCCAUCAGCGACGUCCCCCCCAGCACCGAGGACUGCCCCUCCAUCAGCGCCGACCUGGACUCUGACGACGACUCCAGCCUCGUCCUCCCGGGUCUGCUCUCCUCCCACGACCCGCCCCCCCACCCGGUUAAAGACCCGCCCCCCGCCCCGCUCAAAGACCUGCCCCCGCUGCCCCUCCAGCGCGGCGCCUGCAUGACCGACCCCGACAUCGACAAGAGCCCGAAGCCCGGCGCCGCCCGGAAGAAACCGCUGCAGAGAACGGCGUCAGGAAGCAGCCAGGGCGCCAGGUCCAAAGCCAGUUCCACCGGCUCUCUGAAGACCAGCCUCGACCCCAAACCUUCAUCACGAAGUCUGGCCCCCGGAUCCAAAGGCGGCGCCACCAGACCGCGGUCGACAGUGUCGUCUGCAGGUUCCAGGCCGGCUGGUUCUGAAGGUCCCGUGGUUUACGUGGACCUGGCUUACCUGCCGUCCGGCGCCGCCUCCUCCACCGUGGACCAGGACCUGUUCAGACGCUUGCGUUCUUCUUAUUACAUCAUCAGCGGAGACGACGCGGAGAAGGAGGUGACGAUGAGGAGCAUCCUGGAUGGUCUGCUGGAGGGGAAGAGCAGCUGGCCCACCCAUCCAGUGACCCUCAUCCCCACCUUCGAUUCCGUGGCGAUGCAUGAGUGGUACCAGGAGACACACGAGCGGCAGCGGGAGCUGAGCGUGACGGUGUUGGGCAGCAACAGCACCGUCGCCAUGCAGGAUGAGACCUUCCCCGCUUGCAAGGUGGAGUUCUGAGCUCCACCUGCCGCCUUUCACCUCACAGCAGGACGCCGCUGCUGUGCUGUAGUGAGCAUGCUCAGUUAGAAACCUGUACUCCAUGCUUUCCUCACCUGUGUGACAUCAUGGUUGUUCCACCUGCUGGACCAGAACCUUUAGCUCACCUCCUUAAAGCUUGUUGGAAUCAAUAAAAGCGAGCUGGAUCAGAACGCAGACCUCACUCUGGGUUAUUAAAACUCUCCUUCAAGGGUGGAGAACUCAGUUAAAUUAAACUCAAAUGUUAUUAAAAAUGAUCAGAUAGGACAGGGUUGUGAGGAAAUACUGUUAAUUCUUCACAAUCAUGCCA